ACUGCGGUUGCUGCUAAUGUUGGCUUCUGCCCUCCAAGAGGAGGGCCUAGAAAGCAUGUCUCUGAUGAGAAAGUGUAAGUUUAGUCCCACUGGGGUUGACAAUGAAGUCAGUGUUGAUGGUUAAGCCCAACACUGCAAAGCAGCUUUCAAGAAACUUGGGCAAAGUACCUUAAAGAUGGAUAUAGAAGACUGUAAUGGACGAUCUUACAUAUCUGGUAGUGGGGAUUCCUCUCUGGAGAAGGAGUUCAGCUCGGCAAUCGUGGGACCCACGGUGAGCACACCCAACAGCCAGCACUCCUCCCCGAGCCGCUCGCUCAGUGCAAACUCUAUCAAAGUGGAGAUGUACAGUGAUGAGGAAGCCAGCCGGUUGCUGUCACAGGAUGACCGGAUGCUCGAGAAGGAGGACAGCGUGAUCGUGGAGGACUCGCUCUCAGAGCCCCUGGGCUACUGUGAUGGGACGGGACAGGAGCCACACUCCCCCGGGGGCAUUCGGCUACCCAACGGCAAGCUGAAAUGUGACAUCUGCGGGAUGGUGUGCAUCGGCCCCAACGUGCUCAUGGUGCACAAACGCAGCCACACUGGAGAAAGGCCUUUCCAUUGCAACCAGUGCGGCGCCUCCUUCACCCAGAAGGGAAACCUCCUGCGUCACAUCAAAUUGCACUCUGGCGAGAAGCCCUUCAAAUGUCCCUUCUGCAACUACGCCUGCCGCAGGAGGGACGCGCUCACUGGCCACCUGCGAACACACUCAGUCUCCUCCCCCACAGUCGGCAAGCCCUACAAGUGCAACUACUGCGGCCGGAGCUACAAGCAGCAGAGCACGCUGGAGGAGCACAAGGAGCGGUGCCACAACUACCUGCAGAGUCUGAACACUGAACCGCAGUCGCUGGCCAGCCAGCAAGGUGACGAGAUGCGAGACUUGGAGAUAGUGCCGGACUCUCUGCUUCACCCCUCCUCCGAUCGGCCGACGUUUAUUGACCGGCUGGCGAACAGCCUCACCAAACGGAAACGAUCGACACCUCAGAAAUUCGUGGGGGAGAAGCAGAUGCGAUUCACCCUCUCAGACCUCCCCUUCGACGUGAACUCUGGCUUCGAGAAGGACGUGGAGAUGGUCUCGGCCCACCACCCCCUCGACCCCUCGUACGGCAGCUCCUUGUCACUGAUGGGAGGAGAACACCUUCGCCCCCUCCGGCUCCCCCCCACAAACUGCAUCUCCGAAGUCACCCCCGUGAUCAGCUCCGUCUACACCCAAAUCCAGCCCCUGCCGGGCCGGCUGGAGAUCCCAGGAGGCCGCGAAGCCGCCGAAGCACACGAGGACGUUCCGGACGGGGUGCAGGUGGUGUACCGGGGCCGGGAGCAGGGCGUAUCGCCAAGCAACGGCUGCCAGGACUCCACGGACACGGAGAGCAACCACGAAGAGCGGACCUCGCAGCUGCCGGCGGGGAACUGCGCCAGCAGCCGCCAGAGCCCAGCCUACGCCAAAGAGGACCCCAAGCUGCAGGAGGGCCCCCCGGCCGCCCGCUCCACGCCCAGCUCAGCCAAAGAAGCCCUGCGCGUGGUCAACGAGGACGGGGAGCAGAUCAGGGCCUUCAAGUGCGAGCACUGCCGCAUCCUUUUCCUGGACCACGUCAUGUUCACCAUCCACAUGGGCUGCCACGGCUUCAGAGACCCUUUCGAAUGCAACAUCUGUGGCUACCACAGCCAGGAUCGUGCCGAGGGCUCUUCGCCGCAGCACGCAGCGAGGCCACACGCCAGUGCGAAGCAGGCCUGGAGGUUUGAGCUCUUUUCUCGGUCUGGCAUUGCCCGUCCCUGCUCGCGGGCGGCGCGAACCUCAGAUUAGGUGCUAAAACCCACAGGACUCGCCUCUCCUGGGGGCCACGAGCCAGCUCCUGCCCGGUGGGUACCUGGGGGGCCGUCGUGCCCCAAGCUUUAACGAGUCUCUCUGUGGCAUUAACCGCGCGGGAGGUGAAGCGGGGCCCCCAGCGCUCCUCUCCGCGGCGCGGCUGCUGAGCGGCGGGCGGGACGGGCGAGGUGAAGUCGGUGCCGCGUCGCCCGCUGAUGGAGGGCGACCUGCAGAGCUGCUUUGUUGGCCAGCUUGGAUCUUGCCCGACCCCAUGUUGUUUAAGGCCUCCUCUGAGCCGGGCCCUGCUUGGAAAGGUGCGGCGGAGGCUACGGAGAUUGCGUGCAUCCGCCUGGCUCCGAUCGCGUGAAGGAAACUUAGGAAGAUAGCGAGCGUCUUUCGGGCUCAGUCCUGCCGUCCGGGAUUUCCUGCUCCUCAGUGCCGGCCGAUCCGCGCUGCCGCCUUGGUUUGGGUCUCUCUGCGCUGCCUCUGCCCGGUCUCGGUGGAAGCGUCUCGGCUUCAGGCCGGGCGCCCGUUGCUCCCGCUGCCACGAAGCGCUUCGCUCCUCUUAGCCGGAACAAACCCGGCGUCCUUCUCCGUGCCCCGGGCUGGACUCCGGCAGCGAUGCCGGAGGGGAGAGCGUCGGAGAAAAGCUAAGCACAAAAAGGGCCGUCGCCAGCCGCGAGUCCCGUGGAGGCUGAAGCCCGUCAGCUCCUUCCGUGCUGCGCCGUGCACAAGCUGCUUCCUCCGACUUUCUCGGGGGACACACGGCGGGAUCCUAGGAAAAUUCGCGGCCUGAUUUUUUUGCUGUUUCGUAGCUUUCGCCCUGCUCUUUUUGCAUGGAGGAGUCCAGGCAAUGGCGAAAGCCCUGCACUGCUUUCCGUUUGGCAGUGCCGACAGCAGGACGUGAGCCCCGGCCCCGGCGCUGGCAGACGGGAGGUGGUGUCGCUCGCUGCAUCCAACGACUGUCUCCCAUUAGGUCCGUCUGCCCCGCGGGCUGCGAGCCCGGGGACGUGGCCAUCGCUGCAGCAAGGGCAGAUUGCCGGGAGCCGGCUCAGUUACCGGAGCGGCCCGGCCCGGCCCUGCUGGGAUGGAGUCCCCAGGGCCGGCGGGAGCCCUCGGGAAAGGGCUUUUGCGGCGCAGCCUCUGGAGGCAGAGCUGGGGAAGGCCGUUGAUAACCAAAAAAUGAAUAAAUAAACCCAAGUGCGAGCGGGGCCUGGAUGCCCGGCGGGGCGCGCGGAGGAGCCGGCCGCGUCCUCGGUGCUCGUCUCUCCCGCGGCAGCCGCCGGCCCCGGGGCUCGGAGGCGGAGGGGGGCCGCUGCGGGGCGCGGGAUCUCUGCUUUAUACCAAGGCCCAAGAUGCAUAAAAAGUCACUCAGUAGCAGCUCAACAAACUGCUCUCUUGAGGUUGAAACCAAAGGCUGUUCUUUUUUCUAUGAAAACAAACAAAACCACCUCACAAGUCAGCAACUCUCGUUGCUCUUAAUUUUAUUUUUUUUUUCCUUCUUGCUUUUCUGUUGACGGUGUUUGUGUUUCGAGAUGUGAAAAGGAAUUGCUGAGCCGUUUCUCAGACGGCUGCCGGCAGCUCGGGCGGAAGAGCCCGUCCGGCUCCCAGCGUGACAUUUCGGGAUUGUUCGGCGGUCAGGGACGUUCCCCAGAUGUUCCCCUGUCCCCCUCCACCCCGGCAGACUCGCGGCGCCGACUCGCUUGCGCUUCCCUGCUCUCCGUGGGAGCGCAGCCAGCUCCGAGGCCUUUCAUCCCGCUUCGCCGGGGUCCCUUGGCGUGGAGCAAAGCUCCACUUCCUAAAAAAGACCGGGGGGAGCUGCUAAAAUUAAUGUGGAAACAUUCAGGGACUUCAUUUUCCCAAGCACGUGGAAGUCCCGGUCCUUGGGGUUCUGAAGCAGAGUCUAGGCUGGGAUUUGGGGAGUUUUGGGGAGCGCUUGCAGCUCCCGCAGACAGCGCAGAGCCGGGGAGGAGCGGCCAAGGGCCGGUGCGGAUCCCGCCAAGCAGGCUGCCCUCCGGGAUCCGGCUGCGGCCAGAAGGACGCGGUCCCGGUCCCGCGGCUGCAGGCGUUGGGCCGGGGCCGAGCAGCUCGGCGCGUCCGACCUUCCCCGCUCCGAGCCGCGCGGUCCGGCUGCGGCCGUCCCGCCGGGAUACGCUGCGGGUGUGUGGGGGGGGGGACCUGCUCCUUCCGAGGCGCUGGCGGCAAAAUCCUGCUCGUUUUCCGUAACGAAGCAAUAAAAGACGGGCUGGACGCGCAGCGGGGGCGGCGCAGAGCCGGCGGGAGCCGCCGUGCCUCCCCGCGGCCGGGGACGUCCCGGGAGCGCCGCCGGCUCCGGCUCGCUCCCGCUUCGCAGGCUCCGUCCGGGAGCGGCCGUGCCCGGGAAGGUCACUUAUUUUGUGGGAGGGGAGUUUUUCACACACUGUUGUGGUCUAAAAACGCAUUUUACGCAGGUCAGCCCGGUUUUUGCUGGCUCUCCGGUCGGGACGGGGCCGGGGAAGCCUCCCCGCUCCCCGUCUCCGCUUUUCCGCCCCAAAUCGCGCUCCCGGUCCCUUCUGGACCACAACCACUGUGCUGCGGCGGCUCGGUGCGACACUCGGCUCGUCCCUUCCUGACUGUUAUUCCCAAUAAAACACGAAGCCGGAGCAAAGAUCCGUGAUUUACGGAGAAGCCCCGUGGCACCCCACGCCUCCCCCCUGCCAGCCCCCCGUGUUAGAGCUGGAAUAAACACAGGAAUCAAAAGGGUUUGUUGUUUUUUUUUUUUUUUUUAAAGAGGAAAUGGAAAUUCUGCAAGUUUUUUUUUUCCUGCAUCUCUCUUUUCUUUUACCUGUAAAAGAGUCUAAAACAAAUGUAGGAAUUUUGUAAAACUCCAGGUCGCUUUACUUGUGUAAAUAUAUAUAUUUUUUAAUCAGAUGUAUGAAGAACAAAACAAUGAUGUGCAAUACCCCGACCCUGUUCCAGUUACAACCUCUCCUUCCUUUCUAACAAGUUUUCAUUUGUAUAUCGUUAAUGGAUUUGCUGUUGUCUUUGUUUUUCCUUUUUUUGUGAGGUUAGACUCGCUUUUGAGAGAGAAAAACAGAAAAAGAAGAAAAAAAAAAAAACCCCACCCAACUCUUACCGCAAAAGCUUUUUGUAUCUGUAAUAUAUUGUAAGUAAAUAUUUGUGUAAUGGAGAUAUACUACUGUAAGUUUUGUACUGUACUGGCUGAAGGUCUGUUAUAAAUAAACAUGAGUAAUUUAA